AGUGAGAAGGACAAAUUGAAGUCGUACGCAUCGAAAAUUGACCGUUUACGCAAGGAAUUGUCGAUAAUUGAACAUCAGCAAGAGAUUGCGAAAUUGAAUUUGAGCCUUUUGGAAGUGACUUUGUCCGAAACGAAUUCCGAGUGUGACCCUUCAGCAACCAAAACAGCCGCUUCAAGUGGCAAAUCGAUCAACACCUCUGUUCCGAAUCGUAAGCCAAGUGAGAAACCGAUUCAGAAAUUGCCCAACACAUCAAGUGGCUCACAAGUUCAGAGCAUGUCCGACGUUCAGUGCUUUAACUGCUCAGAUUACGGUCAUUAUUCAGCAAAUUGCACCAAGAAACGCCGUGUAAAGGGUUCCUGUUUCAAUUGUGGAUCAUUGCAACAUAUUCUGAAGGAUUGA